AGGAGAUCAAAGAAAAAGAAAAGUUGAAGGAAAUGGCGAGUGAAUUGGCAUUGCUGCAGAAAGUGGAGAAGUGCCCAGGGUGUAAGGUGGAGCAGCAGAAAGAGUUGCAGACACAGAUUCCUCUCAAAAUGCUUAUAACCAUUUGGAGUAUUGUGCUUUGUACAUCACUCUCAAUAACUUGUCUCUUCCCAUUCAUUUAUUUCAUGAUAAGGGAUUUCCAAAUUGGGGAGACAGAAGAAGAUAUCGGCAAGUAUGCAGGUUAUGUAGGAUCUGCAUUCAUGCUUGGAAGGGCACUGACAUCUGUGUUCUGGGGGAGGAUGGCGGAUCGAUUUGGUCGAAAACCAGUUAUUAUAUUUGGCACAACCAUAGUGGUGAUUUUUAAUACCCUCUUCGGUGUUAGCCUAAACUUCUGGAUGGCAGUCAUUACUAGAUUUCUUCUUGGAAGCUUGAAUGGUUUGCUUGGACCAAUAAAUGCAUUUUCUGCGGAAUUCUUUCAUGAAAGAUACCUAUCUUUGGGAAUGUCCGUGAUUUGCACGUCCUGGGGUAUAGGGCUAAUCAUUGGCCCAGCUAUAGGAGGCUUUCUUGCGCAGCCUGCGGAGAAGUAUCCUUCAUUGUUCUCAGCAGACUCUCUAUUUGGGAGAUUUCCGUACCUAUUGCCUUGUCUCUGCAUUUCACUCUUUGCAUUGGCAGUGACCAUUUCUUCAUUUUGGUUGCCGACAUUCUCAUUAUGGACUGAGAGUCCCAGAAGACUUGGUGGUUUAGGUUAUUCUACAAAUGCUGUUGGAGUGGUCCUUGCAAUAUCAGGGUUCAGCGUCCUAGUCUUUCAAGUUUUGCUAUAUCCCAGCAUUGAGAGAGCCAUUGGUCCAGUAACAGUAGUGCGAGUUGCAGGGAUAAUGACAAUACCCUUGCUGACAAGUUACCCCUACAUUGCAAAUCUAUCUGGGAUCACACUCUCUCUGGUGUUAAAUUGUGCAUCUCUCAUAAAGAACAUUUUGGUUACGGCAAGUAUAACAGGAUUGUUAAUACUGCAAAACAAAGCUGUGGAGCAAGAUCAAAGAGCAAUAGCUAAUGGUGUUGCAAUGACUGGAAUGUCAGUCUUCAAAGCUAUAGGUCCAGUAGGAAUUGGAGCACUAUUUUCUUGGUCACAAAAGAGGCUAGAUGCUGCCUUCCUUCCAGGCAAUCAUAUGGUUUUCUUUGUUCUGAAUGUGAUUGAGGGAAUUGGUGUGUUGCUCACAUUUAAACCAUUUCUUGUUGUACGAAGUUAGCGUAUAGUGUGAGCAUUAUUUGCCCCCACCCAUACAUUGCUGCUGGGAAGAUAGAUAAACCCUACACCAAGAUUGGUAGUAUGUAAUUUUGGAAUUUAAAACAAAAAAUAAUAUAUAUAUAUAUAUAUAUA